AUGGAACAGAAAGUCCGAGAGGGGCAGAGGAUGCAGGGACCUGCAAGAGGGCGGCUCACAGGGAGGAACGUCUGCGGGGGAAAGUGCUGCCCGGGAUGGACAACGGCAAACAGCACCAACCACUGUAUCAAACCUGUGUGCCAGCCGCCGUGCCAGAACAGGGGCUCCUGCAGCCGGCCCCAGCUCUGUGUGUGUCGCUCUGGCUUCCGCGGAGCCCGCUGCGAGGAGGUCAUCCCCGAGGAGGAAUUUGACCCCCAGAACUCGAGGCCAGCUCCCCGACGCUCAGCCGAGGGUUCACACAACUUGCGCAGGAGCAGCACAGCCAGAGAAAGCACAACGGCCAGAGGGCGGCCACUGACACCACAGCUGCCACCAGCCAGGAGCCUGAGUGAGCUCAGCCAGCCCCGCCCCUCCCAGCAGCGCGUGGGGCUGUCCCGGACCGUCAGACUUUACCCGGCCACCUCAGCCAAUGGCCAGCUGACUUCCAAUGCCCUGCCCGCGGGACCAGGCCUUGAGCGGAGGGAUGGUGCCCAGCAGGCAGCAUAUCUGGACCACCUGUCAUCCCCCUGGGGGCUGAACCUCACGGAGAAAAUCAAGAAGAUCAAGAUCAUCUUCACUCCUACCAUCUGCAAGCAGACCUGUGCCUAUGGGCACUGUGCCAACAGCUGCGAGCGUGGCGACACCACCACCCUGUACAGCCAGGGCGGUCAUGGGCAUGACCCCAAGUCUGGCUUCCGCAUCUAUUUCUGCCAGAUCCCCUGCCUGAAUGGAGGCCGCUGCAUCGGCAGGGACGAGUGCUGGUGCCCCUCCAACUCCACCGGGAAGUUCUGUCACUUGCCUGUCCCAAAGCUGGACAGGGAGCUUGCGGAGAAAGGCUCCCACCACAGGGCCCUGCUGGAGGGCCCCUUGAGGCAGUCCACCUUCACCUUGCCGCUCUCCAACCAGCUGGCCUCUGUGAACCCCUCCUUGGUGAAGGUGCACAUUCACCACCCGCCCGAGGCCUCCGUGCAGGUGCACCAGGUGGCGCGGGUGCGGGGCGAGGCCGAGGAGGCCCCGGAGGAGAACAGCGUGGAGACCAGACCUGUGCCCCGGCUCCCUGCCAGCCCUGGCCACGGUCACUGGGACAGCAACAGCAUCCCCACUCGGCAUGGAGAGGCCCCUCGGCCACUGCCCCCGGCGGCACCCAGGCCCCAGGGGCUUCUGGGCCGGUGUUACCUGAGCAGCGUGAACGGCCAGUGUGCCAACCCCCUGCUGGAGCUGACUACCCAAGAGGACUGCUGUGGCAGUGUGGGGGCCUUCUGGGGGGUGACCCUGUGUGCCCCCUGCCCGCCCAGACCAGCCUCUCCAGUGAUUGAAAAUGGCCAGCUGGAGUGUCCCCAGGGGUACAAGAGACUAAACCUCACUCACUGCCAAGAUAUCAACGAGUGCCUGACCCUGGGCCUGUGCAGGGACUCGGAGUGCGUGAACACCAGGGGCAGCUACCUGUGCACCUGCAGGCCCGGCCUCAUGCUGGAUCCCUCGAGGAGCCGCUGCGUGUCGGACAAGGCUGUCUCCAUGCAGCAGGGGCUGUGCUACCGGUCCCUGGGGUCAGGCACCUGCACCCUGCCUCUGACCCAGAGGAUCACCAAGCAGAUAUGCUGCUGCAGCCGAGUGGGCAAAGCAUGGGGCAGCAAGUGUGAGAAAUGCCCCCUGCCUGGCACAGAGGCCUUCAGGGAGAUCUGCCCCGCCGGCCAUGGCUACACCUACUCGAGCUCAGACAUCCGCCUGACCAUGAGGAAAGCUGAGGAGGAGGAACUGGCCAGGCCCUCGAGGGAGCAAGGGCAGAAGACCAGUGGGACCCUGUCUAGACCAGCGGAGAGGCAGCCACUCCGGGCGGCCACCAGCACCUGGCUGGAGGCCGGGACCAUUCCUGACAAGGGUGACUCUCAGGCUGGCCAGGUCACAGCCAGUGUUACCCAAGUCCCUGCCUGGGUCCCAGGAGAUGCCACAGGAAGACCAACGCCACCACUGCCUGGACAGGGGAGUCUAGAGACCCGGGAAGAAGAGCAAGUGACCACCCCCACCGACGUGCUGGUGACCCUGGGCCCCCCAGGUACCUGCAGCCGGCCCUGCGAGGUAAAGAAAGGCUCCCCUGAUCUCCCCCCUUCCUCCCUCUGCUCAGAUGACAAUGAGUGUCUGAGGGACCCCUGCAUGGGGAAAGGGCGCUGUGUCAACCACGUGGGCUCCUACUCCUGCCUCUGCUACCCUGGCUACACACCGGCCACCCCAGGGACCACGCGGGAAUGCCAAGACAUAGACGAGUGUGAGCAGCCAGAAGCAUGCCGUGGUGGGCGGUGCACCAACACGGAGGGCUCCUACCACUGUGAGUGUGAUCAGGGCUACAUCAUGGUCAGGAAGGGACAUUGCCAAGAUAUCGACGAAUGCCGUCACCCUGGCACCUGCCCUGAUGGGAGAUGCGUCAACUCCCCCGGCUCCUACAGUUGCCUGGCCUGCGAGGAGGGCUACAGAGGCCUGAGCGGGAGCUGUGUAGAUGUGAACGAGUGUCUGACCCCCGGGGUCUGCGCCCAUGGAAGGUGCUACAACCUGGAGGGCUCCUUCCGAUGCUCUUGUGAGCAGGGCUACGAGGUCACCUCAGAUGAGAAGAGCUGCCAAGAUGUCAACGAGUGUGCCAGCCGGGCCUCGUGCCCCACAGGCCUCUGCCUCAACACGGAGGGCUCCUUCGCCUGCUCAGCCUGCGAGAGUGGUUACUGGGUGAAUGAAGAAGGCACUGCCUGUGAAGACCUAGACGAGUGCGCCUUCCCGGGAGUCUGCCCCUCAGGAGUCUGCACCAACACUGCCGGCUCCUUCUCCUGCAGGGACUGUGACCAGGGCUUCCGGCCCAGCCCCCGGGGCCACACCUGUGAAGACGUGGAUGAGUGUGAAGACCUCCAGAGCAACUGCCGGGGAGGCGAGUGCAAGAACACGGCUGGCUCCUACCAGUGCCUCUGCCCCCCGGGCUUCCAGCUGGCCAAUGGCACUGUGUGUGAGGAUGUGGACGAGUGCGUGGGAGAGGAGUACUGCGCACCCCACGGCGAGUGCCUCAACAGCCAUGGGUCCUUCUUCUGUCUCUGUGCCCCCGGCUUUGUCAGCGCAGAGGGAGGCACCCGCUGCCAGGAUGUGGACGAGUGUGCAGUCACAGACCGGUGUCUGGGAGGGCACUGUGUCAACACCGAGGGCUCCUUCAACUGUCUGUGUGAGACUGGCUUCCAGCCCUCCCCGGAGAGCGGGGAGUGUGUGGAUAUUGACGAAUGCGAGGACCACGGAGACCCGGUGUGUGGGGCCUGGCGGUGUGAGAAUAACCCUGGCUCCUACCGCUGUGUCCUGGGCUGCCAGCCUGGCUUCCACCUGGCCCCCUCUGGAGACUGCAUAGACAUAGACGAGUGUGCCAACGACACGGUGUGCGGGAGCCAUGGCUUCUGCGACAACACGGAGGGCUCCUUCCGCUGCCUCUGUGACCAGGGCUUUGAGACCUCGUCCUCCGGCUGGGACUGCGUGGACGUGAACGAGUGUGAGCUCAUGCUGGCCGUGUGCGGGGCGGCGCUCUGUGAGAACGUGGAGGGCUCCUUCCUGUGCCUCUGUGCCAGCGACCUGGAGGAGUACGAUGCUCAGGAGGGGCACUGCCGCCCACGGGGGGCCGCAGGUCAGAGCAUCCCCGAGGCCCCACCAGGGGACCACCUCUCAGGCCCCAUCCGCAUGGAAUGCUACUCUGGGCACAAAGACCAGCCGCCCUGCUCCCGCCUCCUGGGCCGGAACACCACGCAGGCCGAGUGCUGCUGCACCCAGGGUGCCAGCUGGGGAGACGCCUGUGACCUCUGCCCAGCUGAGGACUCAGUCGAAUUCAGCGAGAUCUGCCCCAGUGGUAAAGGCUACAUCCCUGUGGAAGGAGCUUGGAUGUUUGGACAGACCACGUACACAGAUGCUGAUGAGUGUGUGAUGUUCGGGCCUGGUCUCUGCCAGAACGGCCGGUGCCUCAACACGGUUCCCGGCUACAUCUGCCUGUGCAAUCCUGGCUACCACUAUGAUGCCACCCGCAGGAAGUGUGAGGAUCAUGACGAGUGCCAGGACAUGGCCUGCGAGAACGGCGAAUGCGUGAACACGGAGGGCUCUUUCCACUGCUUCUGCAGCCCCCCGCUCACCCUGGACCUCAGCCAGCAGCGCUGCGUGAACAGCACCAGUGGCAUGGAGGACCUGCCUGACCAUGACAUCCACAUGGACAUCUGCUGGAAAAAAGUCACCAAUUACGUGUGCAGCCAACCCCUGCACGGGCGCCGCACCACCUACACGGAAUGCUGCUGCCAGGAUGGCGAGGCCUGGAGCCAGCAGUGUGCCCUGUGCCCCCCCACGAGCUCUGAGGUCUAUGCUCAGCUGUGCAACGUGGCCCGGAUUGAAGCCGAGCGGGAGGCUGGGGUCCACUUCCGACCAGGCUAUGAGUAUGGCCCCGGGUCUGAGGACCUGCACUACAGCCUCUAUGGCCCAGACGGGGCCCCCUUCUACAACUACCUGGGCCCCGAGGACGCCAUCCCUGAGCCGCCCUUCCCCAACACAGCCGGCCACCCAGGAGACCACGUACCAGGCCUGGAGUCUCCCCUGCAGCCCUCAGAACUCCAGCCCCGCUACGUGGCCAGCCACCCAGAACACCAGGCUGGCUUCGAAGGGCUUCAGGCAGAGGAGUGUGGCAUCCUGAACGGCUGUGAGAAUGGCCGCUGUGUGCGUGUGCGGGAGGGCUACACCUGUGACUGCUUCGAGGGCUUCCAGCUGGACAUGGCCCACAUGGCCUGUGUGGAUGUGAAUGAGUGUGAUGACUUGAACGGGCCUGCUGCACUCUGUGUCCAUGGUCACUGCGAGAACACGGAGGGCUCCUACCGCUGCCACUGCUCCCCCGGUUAUGUGGCCGAGGCAGGGCCCCCCCACUGCACUGCCAAGGAGUAGCAGUGAGGGGUCAGCAUCGGCAGCUACCUGGAAAUGGGCCUGAGGCAGGGGCCUUGAGGACGCUUUCCAGGCUGGGAAGAUACCAUGAAGUCAUCGGGCAGGAGGCCCUGCAGCCCCACUCCCAGCCAGCCUUGCCUGCUUUUCAUCUCUCCCAGUUUAGGCUCAGGCUGUGAGCUUGUCACUGCCUCCAUGCCACCAUGCCCUUGCUUGGCUCAAACACCACCAAAUGCUUUAAUGCUUCAGCCACUGGCCACAAGGCCCAGUCCGCCAUCUGUCCUGGCCUUACUAUGAGAUGCUUACCAAAGGAUGGCCCUCAUCCUCCCCCGCAAGCUGUGCAAACGUGCAAGGUCCUUUGGCCUUACACCGCACCUUUUCCAGCCACGAUCCACCUAUCAUCCUGAUGACUGCAAAACUGGGUCCGAGGCUACACCUGUCUUAGGAUGGGCCUUCAGAAUCUGGGGAGCACAAAAGGAUUGGAGGAAGUUUGGGGAGUGACUCCAACGCCUCCCACCAAGAACCAUCACUGCCACUUAGCCAGUCUGGUCUGGACCAGAUUUUGCCACAUCAUCUUAUAGCCACUUCUGUGGCCCCUGGGAGGAGCAGAAGAUCCCCUCAUCUCGGAAAAGCAAGACUGAUACCAGCUUGCUGAGUGUAAGAGACACAAAUGAAGGGGAGCAAGAAGACAGAAAGUAAGAGGGAAAUAUUAAAAAUAUAGGGAAUUGAGAAAAAGAAAAGGGGUGGGGAGCCAGGGCUUCACACAAAUCUAAAGAAAAUAUUCAGUUGCUUUGAAUAAAUAUUCGAAAUGUACCCAGCGGUAGCUCCUUUUCACAAGACAGGGUGCCCGUCUCGGAAGACCUGCUCCUUACAGGAAACACCUUUCUCCUGGGCUCUCCUUUUGUGGGCACCAGUUUGAGUGUUAAAAAUAAAGAGGUCUAUUUUCUAGCUUGUGGGAUACAGCAUAGUCCUGUUUUGGGGGAAGCCAGAUUUCCUGUUGUUUCUCCUCUAUUCUCAGAAGCCUCUGCCCUCUCAACCUUCAUAAAAUGGCUGGCUGGCAUCCCUCUGAGUUCACAAGGAAAGACCCACUCCAACCUUGGCUAGCUGGGAAUUUAGUUAGAAUAAAGAAAUGUACAUCCGGGCUCUUCACUUUUGUUUCACAUGAAACCACAUUUCUUUACCAUGUUGGCUAAGUCUAAGUAUUAGCGAGGAGGCUGUGCCUACCUCUCGCCAGCUCUGCCAAUAGCCUGUGAUGGGGUUCCAGUAGAAAAAGGUUCUUUACUCUUCUGAGACGAGAAAGCUCUGACUUUGUUUUCCUCUAAUGAACUGCAAUGUAAAUGAGCAAGGCUCCCUGUGCCUGGAGACAUGGAAAUGAAUACUAUUUUCUUAAUUUAAUCUGUCCUGUCCUACCUGCUGCUCUGAUUGUCAGCCAUCACAUAACUUAUUGAAUGCUUGCUCUGUGCUAGGCAAUGUUGAGUGCUACACCCAAAUUUCAUUUAAUUAUCCAACAAUCCAAUUUACUAUUUUUAUUCCCAACUUAGAAAUGGAAAUAUUCUGACCCUCACUCACAACAAAAGAAAUGCAAGUGAAACCACCCUGAGACGCUCUUGUCAGUUGGCAAGCAUCUGGGGAAAGAGGCACAUGCAUAGCUGACAGAAGUAUGAAGUGAUACAGCUUCUGAAAGGAUAUGGAAAUGUCUUUCAAUAUUAUAAAAGCACUUACUCUUUGAAUCAAUAAUUCCACUUCUAGGAAUUUAAUCUUCAGCUAUUUUCUCACCAAAUGUGAAAUGACAUGUGUAAGAGGUUAUGGUAUAGCAUUAUUUGUAAUAGCAAAAGAUUAGAAACAAUUACUAUUAAUUGCUAUGGAGCCCUAAAAAGAAAAAGUGGCUCUAAAUGCCUUAACAGGAUAUCCAAAAUAGAUGAAGGGGAAAGGAGGGUUGUAUAGCAAAGUGUAACACAUGCUGCUACUUGUCUGAAGAAAGGGGAGAAUUGGGUAUUCGCUAACUCCAUCUUACACCCCAUAUUUCAGAGAAUGUCACCAUUCCUCAAUAUACCCUGCUGGCACUGCACUUCCUUAAGUGCUGUUCCCAUUGCCCCUCCUCCUAACUCUCACCACCCUGCUUGCCCUUCCAGAGAUAUUUCAUGCAUAUACACACAUUUCUAUGUACUAAAAACACAAACAGCAUGCUAUGCAUGCUGUCCUACACUUGCUUUUUUCACUUAAUUAUAAGUUUUCUCUCUUGGGCCGCGACCAGCACGGCUAGAGAGCGGACGAGUCCUGAGUAGGGACGGCUGGGGAUUGAGAAAAGGAAAAAAAGAGACAGACACAAAGACUUUAAGUAAAGCUGGGACCAGGUGGGACGCUGCCCUCAGAUGGAGACGCAGUGACCCAGAGCUAGUGCAGGGCGUUUAUUAUAUACAGCAUGAUACCGGGAAGUUUUACUAGAGUUUAAGACAAAGGAAAUUAUGUGAAAUCAUGGUUAAAGAUCAAGCUGCAAUUCUUCAUUCUUGUGACUUCUUUGUAAUUGUCACUCCUGGCUGAGCCCAGAUAAUUGCAUCCGUUCCUGGCGCCUGGCUGAACUUAGAUAAUGAAACCCACCCCCUGGUGCCUGAGCUAAAGGUCAGGCUGACAACAUACCUGCCUCUCGCAAGGUAUGUUUCCAGGACGUGGCUCUGCCGACACCACUGGACUCAGCUGACAAUCAGCUCAUGCGCCUUCCCAGGCGCUCUCUACACUUAAUACAUACUUGCACAUACGAGCUCUCUCACCCUGUUUUAUAAGUGUAUACUAUUCCAUUGAAUGGAUAAAUCAUAAUUUAUUUAAUCAGUCCCCUACUGGUGGACAUUUCCAUUGUUUUCUAACUUUUGCUAUUAAAAACAAUGCCAUAAUGAUUAUUCUUGUGCAAAUGUUAUUUCAUAUUAUUUCUAUGGAUUAUAUACCUGUGGGCUAAAUUCUUAGAAACAAUGGUAACUUGUGGGGAGGAUGACAGGGUGGAUGGGUACAGGAUUGGAACACUUUUUCAUUGUAUCCCCUUUUGUGUCUCUUGGAAUUUUGUACCAUAUGUAUUACCUAUUCAAAAAAAUAAAAUAUUUUUAAAUACA